AUGUCAAAUACUACCGAUAACGUUAUGACGACAACAACAACAACGGUUGGAAGUUCUAUUCCACCUAAUCAUACACUUUAUGUGAAUAAUCUAAAUGGAAAAAUUAAAAAACAACAAUUAAGAAAAUCACUUUAUAAUUUAUUUAUUUCAUAUGGACGUGUUAUUGCUAUUAUUGCUAUGAAAGGUGUUAAAAUGCGUGGACAAGCAUUUAUUGUUUUUGAUGAUAUUCAAAACUCUACAACUGCAUUACGUUCAUUACAAGGUCUCAUGUUUUAUGGUAAACCAUUGCAUUUAGCAUAUUCUAAGCGUGAUUCCGAUGCAAUACGCUUUUCAAAAGAACAAAUUGCUGAAAAGACAGCUGCAUUAGCUGCAACUAGUCAACCAGAACCAAAACAACGUAAAGAGAAACCUCGUAUACCACCACCACCAUCUCAACCACCACCGGAUCGUGCACUUCAUGAACAACAUAUAGCAUUGAUGAAUUCGGAAGAAGUCAAUCGUGCAGCUAAUGCUAUUGCUGCAGCUGAAGCUGAAUUACAAGAAUUACCAUUACGUGACCGUACACGUCGAAUUCAAUCAGUUAUUGCUGCACAAACAACAUUAGUUGGUACGGCUGUGCCAAUGAUGACAGAAACACAAUCGAAUUCAACACUUUUUAUUACGAAUUUACCUAAUGAAACAACACGUGAAGCAUUGGAAAUGUUAUUCCGUCAAUUUCCUGGUUAUCAUGAUGUUCGACUUGUACCUGGACGUGAAGGAAUUGCUUUUAUUGAUUUUGAUAAUGAAGCAGGUGCUGCUUCAGCUAAAGAUGCUCUCAAUGGUUUUAUGAUUUCGGCAACGAAUGCAAUAUCUGUUAGUUUUGCCAAAAAAUAA